AUGGAAGGGGACAAAAUGCCCAGAGUGAGGCUCGGCAGGCAGGGCCUUGAGGUGUCCAAGCUUGGCUUCGGGUGCAUGGGCCUCACUGGAGUAUACAACGCCCCUGUUCCUGAGGAAGCUGGGAUCGCCAUAAUCAAGCACGCGUUUGAGGCCGGCAUCACCUUCUUCGACACCGCUGAUGCCUAUGGGCCACACACCAACGAGGUCCUGCUUGGAAAGGCAUUGAAGCAUUUGCCACGUGAGAAGGUGCAAGUCGCCACCAAAUGUGGCAUUGCAGGAUUUGAUGCAAGUGGCAUGUGUGUGAAGGGCACUCCAGAUUAUGUUCGAGCUUGUUGUGAAGCAAGCCUUCAGCGCCUUGCUGUUGACUACAUUGAUAUAUACUACCAACAUCGCAUUGAUCAGUCAGUGCCUAUAGAGGAAACUAUGGGGGAACUCAAGAAGUUGGUUGAAGAAGGGAAAGUGAAGUAUGUUGGCUUGUCAGAGGCUAGUGUUGAUACCAUCCGACGGGCACAUGCUGUCCAUCCAAUUACUGCAGUGCAGUUGGAGUGGUCACUGUGGACCAGAGAUAUAGAGGAAGAUAUAAUACCAGUCUGCAGGGAGCUUGGUAUUGGAAUAGUUCCAUAUAGCCCACUUGGCCGUGGCUUCUUUGCUGGCAGGGCAGCUGUAGAGCGUGUACCAUCAGAAAGUCUAUUGUCUAAACAUCCAAGGUAUACUGGGGAAAACUUGGAGAAGAAUAAAGUUCUGUACACACGACUUGAAAUGUUGUCUAAGAAGUAUGGGUGCACCCCUGCUCAACUUGCUCUCUCCUGGGUUCUUCAUCAAGGAGAAGAUGUGGUCCCCAUCCCUGGAACAACAAAAGUGAAGAACCUUGAUGAUAACAUCGGUGCUGUAAAGGUAAAGCUGAGCAAGGAAGACCUCGAAGAAAUCUCGGGUGCAGUCCCUGCUGGUGAGGUGGUUGGGUCCAGACUUCUUGGAGUCCUGGAGCCUUAUUCUUGGAGGCUUGCAAAUACCCCUCUACCAAAGUAG